AGAAAAGCAAAUAAUCCGAGCCCUGUGAAGUCAGAGGCAGAAGGCAGUGGUGGGUGUAUUGCAGAUAGACUUUAAGCAUAUUACAGAGGAGAGGACAUUUAUUAGUUGUUUUUGAGCCGUAGUGGUAUCUACAUGAAGUUAGUUGGGUGAAUUUGAGAGAGCGCGGAUAUGUGUAUAGCAUAAAUUUGAGUAAACAGAACGAAAACUAUUAGUGUAAGGGUCAUUUUCUCGAAAAUUCUUUUUUUCUUACACUGCUUUGAGCAUUCGAGAAACGAGCAAUUAGCCUACUUUCAGUCAUAGUUGAAACUAUAAAGGUGUUGUUACGGAAUUUUUAGACGUUUUUGCAAACGACCAGGUAUUUCUGGAAAAUCGUUAGGGCGAUUGGUUUAGAAAACAACAUAUUAAGUUAAAACGACUUGUGUUUAAUGGGCAUUAAAAGCGGUUGUUUUGUGUCAUAAUUGCAGUUCGCUUGAUUCGUUUGCAGGGACUGAACGAGCUUGUGUUCGAUGUUAAGUUCUUCACGUAUAUUUUUAUUUGUGUAUUAUUACAGCGAUAGCACACUAUAAAGGUGUUGGUAUUUUAUGUUAACUGGCCCGUGGUUGCUAUUUAAAGGGUCAUAAACUGCACUGAACCUUACUUGCCGUUGCACGGCGCUGUUGAGUGUUUAGGACUGUUGCAGCAUGUCGGGGCAGCGGAGACCGCUGAUCGCCCAUUCUUGGGAGGAAAACGAGUGCUUAAUCUACUAUGGAAUGCAGUCUCUGCACGAAAUGUUUGAUGUGAUCGGCUCUCAUCUGACGGACUAUGAUGUUGAGGCCUUGUCAUUUUUAUUAGAAGAGCUUUAUCCGGCUUCUCACCCGUUGGACCCAGCAACAUGGGUGGUGGACCGGGGCGCUGAAGAUGAUUUGGGCCCUGAAGAUACCGGACCUUCGCCUAGUCUCCUGCGAGCUUGGCAGCGGUACCAACGCACAACAACAACCAAUUCUAAUCAACUCUGGUGUAGUUUCAAUGCACUCCGACCUAAAAACGGUGUAGAAUUGCUCCUGCAGCUUGAGAAGCGAGGCUUGUGUAAUGAGUCCAAUUUCAACCAUCUACUACAGCUGUUGCGCAUCCUUACUCGGCAUGAUUUGAUCUCAUUCGUCACCCAAAAAAGACGAAGGACAGUGUCUCCUGAGCGAUAUAGUUAUGAAAUGCCCACUUCUAACUCAAAGGAGGAAGGAAUUGAAGUAAAGCAUGAUAAAAGCCUCAAAGAGCCAAUAAGUGGAGAAGGCCAGUGGAGAGCAGGUGUGGAUCCAAACUUGCCACAUUCCACCAGUCAUACACCUCGGCGUGGUAAGAAGCGUCGAAGUGGUAAACUCCAUAAACCUAGAGCAAGAGGAGGCGAAUCGACCUUGCUGCAGUCUUCACCUGUCCAGGAUAGAGUGACAUGUGACAUCAGGCUACGUGUUCGUGCAGAGUAUUGUGAGCAUGACAGCAUCCUCAGUGGAAAUGUUGUUUCUAAUAAGCAACAUGCACUGGAGCGCCAAUUUGAGCUCUUCAACCAAUCCAACACUAUCCUGAAGUCCCGUGACCUGGGGUCCAUCAUCUGUGACAUCAAGUUUUCAGAACUCUCCUACCUUGAUGCCUUCUGGAAUGAUUACCUUAAUGGAUCUCUACUUGAAGCUCUGAAAGGUGUCUUCAUUACAGACUCUUUAAAACAAGCAGUAGGACAGGAAGCAAUUCGGUUAUUGGUUAACGUUGACGAGGAUGAUUACGAAGAGGGUCGACGCCAGCUUUUCGAAAACCAUCCUAUGCAGUGACUCAGGUUUCCACUGGAGGGCAGAGUCCUGAUAUUCAGAGCUUGCACUUUUAAUUUCAAGAUGAUUUGAAGGAAAGGAAGUGCAAUUCAUUGCAACUAUCAAAAUAAGGACCUUGUGGAACUACUGUUCAUUUUCCCCUCCCCUGUGGCUGCCAUUAACCUUGACUUUUGAAGAUUUAUCUUAAAGAGUACUGGUUCAUUUUGGUGCACACAGGUUGUUCCCACAAACAUCCUGUUUGAAAUCUAGUAAAGUCUUCAGAGGGGUGCGGACAGGUUUUUUUUUUUUUUUUUUGUAGGUAUGUCUCCUUGAUAGACCAUUAUUUGGCUUUUUUUUUAUAUAUAUAUCUUCUUGGUUUCACCUUGUAGUACUGUCAAGGUGCAACGUUCCUCUGUCACAAAGGUAAUAUGAUUAAUAAGGUUGCAUGUUGCAGUCUUGUUGAUCUGUUAAGUGUUAGACGAGUUGGGAGAGGAGGGGAAGCAAUGACUGAUAAGCCUGGUCCAUUUAUUAUGGAAGCCAGAUGGAAUAAGUUGUUCAGACUUGCAAAAUGUUACCUUUUUAUAAUAGUGGUGCUGUAAUUCUCAGGGCCGUCCAUGAAGUAACCCUAUGUUGCUUAAAGAGGACUAGAGAAGUUACUUGCCAUGAUCUGUAAGAACAGAUGGGGGUGGCAAGUGACCUAUACCUCAGUUUAAUUUUGCAACAUCUAAGCCAUCUCAGUCCUCUAAACUUCUACCAAUCGGUUCCUGUGUUGAAAUGCAGUGGAUUGGUCUAUGAGAAACCUGGAAUUUUAACUUAAAAGGGAAUUAAGUUUGUGUCAUUGCAAGUGAAUCGUAGAUCUGGUUUUAGCAGAUAGGCAUCUGUGAAGCCAGGUGUACUGCUGAACAAAUAUUUAUUGGCUGCCAAUAGUUUUGGAACAUGAAUUGACCUACUGAAUUUUGUGCCUCACAACCAAGCAGGGUAAAGAAUAUGACAAAUUACCCUUGAUGGAAACCCUUAAUCCUGUCGGUAAAGGCUGUGUUUGGUGUUUCUACCUCCCACGUCACCUGCUUGGCUUGUGUACCUUUUGAAUUGGCCAAGACUGUGCUCUAGAUGUGAUGUGUUUAGUAUGGCAGCAGUUGGGACAUGUGGAGAUCAGUCCCAGCCUCACAAAAUUAAUUGAAUUGAUUCAUUGUAGCAUUUCCCUGAUUAAUUCCAGAAUUGAAAAAAAAAAAAAAAAAACGAUUUCUUGUCUUAUUCAGUCUGACGUGCAAAAGGUGUAGGACUGAAAAAAUAUGUAUAUCCUAGUUUUAAGAAGAGCAGGGUUUUUUUUUUUCCUAAUAUAAAUUGAAGUAGCGUUUAUAUGAAGUUGGAUGAUAGCGUUUUGUGUACAGAUCAUUUCUGAUAGUUGUUUUGACUAUUAUGACUUAAUAUAUUUGUAUGAAAAAUAAAAAAUAUAUUCAUUAAAUAAACAAAA